AUGGAGGCUGGCCUGGAUUCACUGUCGGCCGUGGAUUUCAGAAACCAGGUGGCAAAGCAGUUGCCUGGGCUGAAGCUGCCAAACACGCUGAUGUUCGAUUAUCCCAGCCCCGGAGCCAUUGCCAAGUAUGCUGCUGCUCAGCUAGCACCAGCUUCGGCACCUUCGCUUCCAGUUGCACGUGCCGCUGCGCCUGACUCACGGGGACCCCUUGCAGCUCUAUCCACAGCUUGCCACUUCCCUGCCGAUGGAGAUGAUGCGCAGACUUUCUGGGCAGCCUUGGUGAGCAAGACAGAUGGGGUCACUGAGAUCCCUUAUGAGCGCUGGGAUGUGGAUGAAUACUACGAUCCUUCUCCGAAUACCGUCGGUCGCAUGUACGUUCGUCAUGCGGCAUUCGUGAAGAACGCGGAGUGCUUCGAUGCUGCGCUGUUCAGCAUUUCCGGAGCAGAGGCUGCAAGCAUGGACCCUCAACAGCGCCUCCUUUUGGAGAUCGUCCAGGAAGGGUUCCAUGCAGCGAAGGCCUUGCUGAGUAUCGGGGGCGCGGCUUCGCCGCUCAGCACAAAGGACAUUGGCAGCUUCGUGGGUGAGUGCAACAACGACUGGGGUCACUUCAAGAACCUGGAGACAGACAAGAUGAACCCGUUCAGUGGCACCGGCGGUUCCAUGUCGAUUUCAUCGAACAGGCUCGCCUACGUCUUCGGCUUUAAAGGUCCAAGUGUCACCUCCGAUACGGCUUGCUCUUCCUCUCUCAUUGCCUUGGAUAUCGCAGCAGCGAACAUUGGCCGAAGCCGAUGCCUCGCAGCCGUCUCAGCGGGAGUCAACAUGAAUCUGCUGCCUGGUCCGUUCGUGGCCUGCUGUCAGGCACGCAUGCUUUCAGAAGGUGGCCGCUGCAAGACGUUCGAUGCUUCUGCAGAUGGAUACUCAAGAGGCGAGGGUGCAGGUACGGUCUUGGUGCGACGCCUCUCAGAUCUAGGUGGAGAGGCCAGUGUGCCUGCAGUGAGUGGCACGGCUGCGAAUCAAGACGGGCGGAGCUCAUCACUCACAGCCCCGAACGGCCCGGCCCAGCAGGAAGUGAUUCAGACCGCCUGGCAGGAAGCAGGGCUUGCACCAGGUGCUUCCGAUUUCAUUGAGACCCACGGCACUGGCACCGGUCUCGGGGACCCGAUUGAGAUUGGAUCUCUUUGCAACACCAUGGGCCAGGGUCGCAGCAGUGCGUUGCAGGUCGGAGCCGUGAAGACCAACGUGAGCCACUUGGAGGGCGCUGCAGGAAUCGCUGGUCUCCUGAAGGCCCUUUCGGCCAUGGAGCACAGCCAGGAAGCCGUGGUGGAGCUCUCGCGGGACACCCUCCGAAGCUUCGGGCUCUCAUCCUUCGGAUUUGGUGGGACGAACACUCACGUUACUGGCCUUGCACCAGCCGGGGAGAAGGAUGAGCCGGAGCCAGUGGAGGAAAAGAUUGUGUUCAACCGCCAGCGCUUCGGCUGGUCCCAGACGAAGCAUCCAUUGUCCGUCGCACCCCGCCGAGGCGGUGAACCUGGUGUCAUGGUCUUCUCAGCCCCCAUCAAGGGCAAGGUCCUCCAGCUGCUGUCACAUCACAUCAUCUACGGCGAGAUUGUCGUACCAGGAGCAACCUAUAUCGAGAUGGUGAUUGCAACUUCUGCCUUCCGCCUCGGCAUGGAGGGAAAGCGCUUUGCAUUGGAGAACAUUGGAUUCCAGAAUCCUCUUGUUCUCCGACCAUCAAAUGACGACAAGGUCAAUCCAGAGCUGAAUCCUGGCGUGGACCUCUACCUGCAGAUUCAGGAGAACACUGGCCGGUGGUCCAUGAGCAGUGUGGAGUCCGGCUCGUCAGAUGUCAUCAACACGCACGGCUCCUCGGGAGCGGCGGAGCUGCGACACCUACCACUGGAAGAGAUCCGCUCGCGCUGCCCAGAAGAAGUGGAAGAUUCGCGCAUGUACGUGCCGUUUGCCAACAUUGGAUUGCCAUUGCAGCCACGUUUCCGCACUGUUCGAAGCAUCAAGCGUUCGCAGGACGAGAUCAUCGCCUGGGUUGCAGCACAGGAGGAUGGAACCAACGCUGGUUUCAUCUUUGGCCCUGCAGUCAUCGAUGGCAGCUUCCAGGCCAGCUGUGCCUUCCAAAACCUCGAGGCUCUCCCAAGCCUGCGGAUCCCGCUGUCCAUUGACCGCGUGCAACUCCUUGGCCAGGGCUUCUCACCCAAGGUCUGGGUGCACCAUGUCCUGCUGGACAACAGCGAGAAGCAGAUGGAGACAAACGUGCAACUGGCGAGGGAUGACCUGACGGUUGUCUUGACGAUGGACCGUAUGCGCCUCAGGGAGGUGAGGCCAGAGCACAUCGCAAAGAUGCUUGCCGCAUCGGCUGGUGACGCGGACGAGGACCUACUGGAAGUUGAGUGGGCUCCUCUGGAGGGAAAAUUGGGCAAGGCUGAGGCCCACCUUGCUCGGCCCCUCUUCGUGGGAUCCAGCACGGAGCUGCAACCCAUCCUGGCUCGAGAGUUCCCAGAAGCAAGCUUCGUGGACGGGGAGAAGGCAUUGCUGGAGGAGAAGCUUCAAGGCAGCUUCACUGCGAUUGUCCACGUGGCCGCUUUGGGAGAGGCCAAUGAGAUGGAGGCCCUGGAGUCCGCGCUUUACCUGGCGCAGAUCGCUAUCCAAAGGGCUGCUGCCAAGUCCAGCACUCCUCCCAUUUGGUAUGUUACCCAUGGCACGCAGUCCGGCACCAUCCGCACUUACAUGCACUCGGGCUUGUGGGGACUUGCCAGAACCUUCCGUAUGGAGGAACGCGGUGUUGAGCUUCGAUGCUUGGACUUGGAUGGUUCCCUCUCCACAUCAGACGCUUUGGCGUCGGACUUGAAGCACUGGCUAACAGUUCUGAAAGGGACCGAGGCGGAAUCGGAGGUGGCCGUGACCAGCACCGAGGGCUCAGCAGAAGCCAGCGUCUCCCGUCUGUCCAGAAGCAAGGCAAUGCCACUAAAGUCGACUGAGCUCCUCAUGUCUUCGCGCGGGAGCCUCUCCAACCUGAGGCCUGUGAACCAAGAGAUGCGGCGAGCACCGGAAGCGACAGAAGCGGAGCUGCGCGUCCGUGCAGUGGGCCUGAACUUCCGAGAUGUGCUGAAUGUCAUGGGUCUGUAUCCUGGCAUUCCUGGCACAUUUGACGUGAAGCCGCUUAGGGACCCUGGCCCUCCUGGAGCAGACAGCGCCGGCACCGUGCUCUCAACGGGCAGCGACAUCUCCCACAUUCGUCGCGGCGACGACGUCUUCGGCGAGUGUCCAGGAUGCCUGAAGGUCUACAAUGCUGGGCCAGGAGCCCUCCUAACGCCAAAGCCGCGAAGCUGGUCUUUCGAGGAGGCCUGCUGCAUGCCCGUGAUCUUCGUGACAGUCGAGGAGGCCUUGGGCGACUUGGCCCAGCUAAAACGGGGAGAGCGGGUGCUGAUCCACGCGGCCGCUGGUGGAGUUGGCCUGGUGGCCAUCCAGUAUGCGCAGUUUGUCGGAGCGGAGGUCUAUGCAACGGCCGGCGCGGACGAGAAGCACGAAUUCCUUCGUUCUCUGGGAGUCAAGUUCAUAACCAGCAGCAGGAAUGGCGCCAAGUUUGAGGAAGACAUGAAGACCUUCCUGGCAGAGGCGGGAGAUGAUGGAAUUGAUGUCGUCCUCAACAGCCUGAGCCACGAUGACUACAUUCCGCGAUCUUUGGCUCUGCUUCGCAAGGGAGGACGCUUCAUGGAAAUUGGCAAGCGAGGCAUCUGGAGCCACGAGCAGAUGUUCGAGGCGAGGCCAGAUGUGAUGUACGAAAAGAUCGCCGCGGACACCAUGAUGGACAAGGAGCCAUGGCGAUACAACGGCUACAUGAAGCGCCUUAUCAGUCGUGUGGAUGAAGGUGGUCUCAAGCCCAUCAAUAUGCAUGUGUUCGAUGGCAUGGAGAAUGGAGUGAAGGCCAUGCAAUUCCUGCAGCGUGCACAGAACAUUGGAAAAGUGGUCAUCAGCCAGCAAAGCACACUGGACCUCAAGCCGGAUUCCCACUACGUCCUAAGUGGAGGAAUGGGAGCACUUGGAAUGGUGACGGCCCAGUACCUCAUGGAAGAGGGUGCCAAGUCAAUGACCCUCUUGUCUCGAAGCGGACGUCCAUCUGCCGACAUCACGGAGCUGUGGGCAGCCUUGCAAGACUCCAGCAUGGAGCUUCAAGCAGCCCCUUGCGAUAUCGGUGUUCUGGAUGCUGUGCAGGACCUAGCCAAGAAGCUGAAAGGAGACCAGAAACAAACUGCAGGUCUUAUCCACCUCGCAGCUGUGCUGGAUGAUGCGACCAUGCCCAAAUUGACCCGAGGCCACCUGGAAAGGUCCUAUGGGGCCAAGGUUUGGGGAGCCCGGCAUCUACGAUUUUGCCUACAGGAUGGAUCUACGCCUUGGGACUUUGCUUUGCUUUUCUCCUCGACCUCAGCUCUUUUGGGCUCACCUGGCCAAGGCAACUACUCAGCCGCAAACGCAGCGCUGGAUGGCCAUGCCCGCUACUGGAAGAAGUCCUUGAAUGAGCCUGUGGUUUCCGUCCAGUGGGGUCCCUGGAAGGAGGUGGGUAUGGCAGCCCAGAAAGGCACUGUUGAAAGGCUGCGCGCAUCGGGCGUGGGAAGCCUCACGAACGCAUUUGGUAUGGCUGCCUUGGCUGGUUGUCUUCGAUCCCCGCUCUCUACCACAAUUGUGGCGCAACCAAUGCGCUGGGCCGUCUACUUGAAGCAGUACCCGAAAGUUCCACCAUUCCUGUCUCGUUUCGCCAGCGAGGUGAAGACAGCCAAGCCCAAGAAGGCUGCAGCCCCAGCCUUUGGGGGAGUUCGUGCGGCAGCACCCGCGGCCGUGCCACAAGUGGACAAGGUGUCUCUGAAGCAGAUGCUCCAGAGCAUCGCUUCGGAGGUUGCUGGUGGUGGAGUGGUGGAGCAAGAUGCUCCACUAAUGGCCACACCCAAUGGCAUGCCGGAGGCCAUGGUCCCUGCUGGCCCAAGCCCAACAGAGGUCAAGGAGCUUCUGAAACGCAUCGCAUCCGACACCACGGGUGGCCUUGUUGAGGAAGACAAGCCGUUGAUGGAGUCUGGCAUGGACUCCUUGUCGGCUGUGGAAUUCCGCAAUCGGCUUUCCAGCGAGCUUCCCUCGCUGGACCUGCCCAACACGCUCAUCUUCGAUUACCCGACAAUCGCGAGCGUGGCUGGCUAUGCCACGGAGCAGUUGGGUACGACUGCAGCUCCAAUGGUCAUGGCAGGCAUUGCCGCUCCAAGGGCCCCUGCUGGCAGUAUGGAUGAGCAGCUCUCUGUCGCCGGAAUGGCCGCCUACUUCCCAGGCGCGUCUUCCAGCUGCAGCAUUUUCCACUGCGCCCUUACCAAGGGCGUGGAUGGCGGAGUGGAGGUGCCAUUCACGCGGUGGGAGUUGGAGGAAGUGUGGGAUCCGAACCCAGAUGCCCAAGGAAAGAUGUAUCCCAGGCAUGGGAACUUUGUCGAGGGCGCCGAGUUCUUCGAUUCCGGGUAUUUCGGCAUCUCACCGCCAGAGGCGCGGGCAAUGGACCCUCAGCAGCGACUGCUGCUCGAAACAUCAACAAACGGACUGCUGGAUGCGGGUCUGGCAAAGGCAGAUCUCAUGGGAAGCGAGGUUGCUGUGCACGUUGGACUUGCCAACAAUGACUGGAUUCAGAUGCAGAGCUGGGAUGUGCGGAAGAUCAGCCCAUACACCGCCACGGGAAUGUCCUUUUCUGUGUCAGCUGGUCGAAUCUCCUAUGCCCUGGGUCUGAAGGGUCCAAGCUACAUUGUGGACACUGCCUGCUCCUCUGCACUGGUUGCCCUUGACUGUUCAGCCACAGCGCUGAGAAAGGGCCGUUGCAUGGCUGCCUUGAACACGGCAGCGAACAUCAUGGCCAGCCCCACCACUUACAUCAGCUUCAGCAAGCCGCGCAUGCUCUCCACGAAUGGCCGUUGCUUGACAUUCGAUGCUUCUGCAGAUGGCUAUGCCCGCGGUGAGGGUGCCGGAGCUGUUGUGCUGCGGAAGCCUGGCGAUGCCAUCUCUGCCGCAGCCUCGGUGGAGAAGCCUGGUGCCACUCUGGAGCGCUGCGCGCUUUUGGGUGUGGCAGUGAAUCAGGAUGGUCGUAGCUCAACGCUGACAGCACCAAAUGGCCCUUCGCAGCACACGGUCAUGAUGAUAGCUUUGGCCGAAGCGCGGUUAGCGCCACAAGAGAUUGUCCACAUGGAGUGUCAUGGAACCGGCACGCCGCUUGGCGAUCCCAUCGAGAUUGGCGGUAUCAAGUCUGCGAAUGCAUCGCGGAAUCCGGACACGCCGAUCCUACUGGCAGCAGUGAAAUGCAAUUGCGGCCACUUGGAAGGGCCUGCUGCCUCAACAGGGCUCAUCAAGUCAGUGGCGCUGAUGGAGCACGCGGCUUCUAUGGCCUCUUUGCAUCUUCGUCAAUUGAACCCCAGCGUGGCAGCUUUACACGACCUGCCAGGAAUCUUUGUCACCGAGUCCAUUUCCAUUUCCAAGCUUGCCUCAACCCAGCCUUCUCGCCUGGGCGGUGGCCUCUCCUCCUUCGGCUUUGGAGGAACAAAUGCGCAUGGAGUCGUGUCCGCUGCAACCGAAGCGGGAGAGACCUUCCGUAUUGAGUUGGCACGCAAGGAAGCAACCGCACCGCCCAGGCAGCUGCCAGUGGCUUUCGAGCGACGAAACUUCGCCUGGCGAGAGGUGGGCUUCCGGUUCCUGCGCGCCAAGCCCAGUGAGGGCAUCUUUGAAGUUGCCAUGCGUAUGGAUGUCUACGACGUAGUGAAGCACCAUGUCGUCUUUGGCUCCAUCGUUGUGCCGGGUGUCGUCUUCGUUGAAAUGGCUCUGGAGGCAACGCGGGAGAUGUUUGGGCCAGGCGUUCGCAUCACAGACGUGAACAUGAUGUUCCCCUUUGUGAUUCCCAUUCGAACCACUGGCGCAGAGCCCGCCGCCACCAUGCGCUUCGUCCUGAAGUCCGACACGCGCUUCCAGAUUGAAAGCACCUCGGCCACCGGGACUGUCACCGUGCAUGCAGAGGGCGGAAUCAACAGGGCACCGCCAAGGGGCGAAGAGGCUGAGGUGGACAGUGCUGCCAAAGCAAACCCAGUUGAUCUGGAGGCCCUGAAGGCUCGAGUGGUUGAGGUGGUUCCCACCAAGGAUGUCUAUGCUGCUAUUGACGGCGUCGGCUUGUAUUUGGGUCCCAUGUUCCAGACGGCCAAGCAGCUGUGGAGGAAGGAGCCAGAUGAGGGGAGCGAGAGCAAUGUGAUUGAAGUUCUGGGACGCCUGAAGCUUGAUGAUGGAGUUCCCAACGUCGGCUAUGUCUUGCAUCCUGCCGUCUUCGAUGGUACCAUCCACAGCUUGGGAACUGCGUCUGUUGGCAAGAAUGUGAACGACCUCAAGAUUUUCGGUGGCGUCGGUCGUGUCUCUAUCAUUCAGUCUGAGAACUUCUCCCAGCAGGACGAGUACUGGAUCUGGCUGAGCAUCAAGGAGAAGCUCGAGGCAUCAGAAACCUUCGACCUGAAGGUCAUGUCCAGCAACGGCACUGUGCUGAUGCUCAUGGACAACGUGGUCUUCCGCAAGGUCUUGCCUGAGCAAAUCCAGAUGGCCAUUGCAGCGCAAUCAACGCCCGAGGAUGACCAGAAGAUUUAUGAGAUUGAGUGGCAAGCCGCUCCUGAGAGUGAGGAGGUUGCAGAUGCCUUGAAUGAGCGCUGGCUGAUCCUCUAUCAUAGAAUGCCGAAAGGCUUUGUGGAUGAGUUGAAGUCCCAUCUUGGCGACAACCACUCCUACGCCUGCCUGGAUGCCAGUGCAGAGUGGGGCAAGCUACAUGACUACUCCAGGGUAAUCAACGUUGUCGGAGUCAAGCCCUUGCCUAGCAAUGCUACAGCGGCCUCUGCCGAAAUCCUGGACGUGCUCGAUCGCACGCUCCGCCUGAUGCAGGCUAUGGCCAAAGAGGCCAAGGAGGACGGCCCUGACGGUAUGCCGGAGCUCUGGUUGCCAAUCUGCCUGAGCAAUGCAGUUGUAGACGGAGAUUUGGCAUCCUCCACAGCCACCCUUCCGGCAAGCCAUGCCGGGAUCUGGGGUUUGGCAAAGGCCUUCCGCAACGAACAUCCCGAGCUCGCGGCCACCGUGACCUUGGACCUGGAGGAGGCAGACUGUUCCGGCUUAGGCCUGGCAAACCAAUUGCUGCGGCUGCAAAAGCAGCGGGCUGGCGGCUUUGCCGAGCCAGAGCUGGCAAUUCGUACGGAGGGCGAGAAGAAGAUGCUGGUGCCCAGGCUGGUGGACUCCACACAGCGCCUGCAGAACGAGGUGGGAAAUCCCAGCUUCAGCCCAGAUGGGCUCUACCUGGUCACUGGUGGAACUGGUGCGCUGGGCCUUCUCUUCGUUGACUGGAUGAUCCGAUGUGGUGCCCGGCACUUCGCCCUGCUGUCCAGAAGUGGGCAGCCUCCUGCCGACUCGAAGUCUGCUUUCCGUAAGAUUGAGAAGCAGAUGGCCAAACUCAAGGGCUCGACCUUCUCUACCCGCAGGUGUGACAUCUCUUCUGGAGCCGACCUGCUGAGCGUUGUGGCCAAGAUCUUAGAUGAAGACCACGUCGUCAAGGGCGUUGUGCACGCCGCGGGAACGCUGGCUGAUGGCCUCAUCAAGGAUGGCCAAAACAAGGCCACGCUGAAGACGGUGUGCUCAGCCAAGGUGGAUGGUUCUUUGCAGCUGCACAAUGCCGCGGCCCAGCUAGGACUACCGCUGGAGUUCAUGUGGCUGUUCUCCUCGGUGGCGGCUAUGAUCGGCUCCGUUGCGCAGGGCAACUACUGUGCUGCCAAUGCCUUCAUGGAUACGCUGGGUGCCCGAAGACGGGCCAAGAACCUGCCAGCCAUCUCUCUGCAGUGGGGACCUUGGGCUGACGUGGGCAUGGCAGCAAGAGCCGGAACAUCCGAAGGCAGCAUUGCGCGCCUGGACCCCGAGCGCGGGUUGGAAGCCAUGGCGCUGGUGCUCGGCGCAGCCGGCAACCUGCGACCUGCAGGCACAUUGGGCAUUGCGCGCAUCAAGUGGAAGUCGCUGCUUGGGCAGAUGCCCAAGGUUCCUCCGGUGCUCAGCAAGUUCGGAGGCAGCAGCGGCCCGAAGAAGGCUUCUGCGGCCGCCGCGGGAGCAGUUGUGAGCGCGGACGACAUCAAGGGCGUUGUUGUGGGAGUGCUGCAGGACGUGCUCGAAGGGGCUGGUGACCUGGACCUGUCGACCCCCUUGAUGGAGAUGGGUCUGGACUCCUUGGCCGGCGUUGAGUUCCGCAAUCGGCUUCAAGCAUCCUUCGAAGGACUGCAGCUGUCCUCAACGCUGAUGUUUGAUUACCCGACCGUGCCAGAUUUGGUUGACUACAUUCACUCGCAGGUGGGACCUGCUGAAGAUGAUCUUGCAGCCGUCGGGGGUGCGACUUUGGGUGAUGUCGGUGCUAUGUUGGCCAUUGCCAGCCAUGCUGGACGCUAUCCCGGCUGCUUCACCAACAAUGUGGAGGAGUAUUGGCACAACAUGAGCUGCGGCUUUGACACCACCACAGAACUUCCACCUGAGCGAUGGGAUAUGGAUGCCUACUACGACCCCGAUGUGGAUGCACCAGGCAAGACCUACGUGCGCCUGGGGCACUUCAUCCCAGGCAUCGACCAGUUCGACGGAGAUUUCUUCGGUGUCUCCGAGGCAGAGAUCCGAUCCAUGGACCCUCAUCAGUGGCUUGGAUUCCCGUUGUGUUACGAGGCCUUCCAUGCCGCUGGCUUGAACAAGGAGUCCCUGCAGGGCAUGGACUGUGGCGUCUUUGUCGGCUGCUGUAACUUGGGAGGAAACGAUGUGGAUCCGCUUGGGCUUGGUCCCUUCUCCAACAUCGGCUUCGCAUACUCGGGCCUGUCAGGCCGAGUCUCUCACGUCCUGUCCUUGCGCGGUCCUUGCUUCACGGUGGACACCGCCUGCUCUUCGACCAUUGUCGCUCUGGACUCGAGUUGUCAGGCGGUCAAAAUGGGCAGGUGCCAAAGUGCUGUGGCAACCGGCGCCAACGUUCAGUUGUCCGGCUGCAUUUGGGUCGGAUUCUCCAAAAUGCGGGGCUUGGCUUUUGACGGCCGAUGCAAGACCUUCGACUCACGGGCCGACGGCUUUGCGCGAGGUGAGGGAAUUGGCUCUGCGUUCAUCCGGCAGGGCGCAGCUGAAGGAUCUGAGGUUGUCAACCUGGUCGGCCUCACUGGGGUUGCUAUCAACCAUGAUGGUCGCGCGGCCACCAUCACUGCACCCAACGGAACUGCUCAGCAGCGAGUUCUGCGUGCAGCGUUGGCAGACCGCGGUACGCAGGGUGAGGAUGUCACCUGUAUCGAGUGCCAUGGAACAGGCACUGCAUUGGGUGACCCCAUCGAGGUGGGUGCGCAGAAGGCCGUUUACGGAAAGGGUCGAAGUGAAUCCCAACCGCUGAUCCUGGCUGCCACGAAGUCCAACAUCGGGCACUUGGAAGGCUCGGCCGGUGUGGCCGGCAUUUCCAAGGUGAUCCUGGCCAUCACCAAGGCGCACAUCACUCCGAACUUGCAUCUGGAAACCUUGAAUCCCAACAUCGACCUGACCGGAGAGUGGAUGCAGAAGGUGACAUACUUUGAGCAGUGGGUCAAAUCUGACUGGACUAUGGCUUCCCCAAUGGAUGGGCAGGCCUUCGUGCUGGCAGAUGCCUCCUUGGCAGAUCCCCUCAUUGCCUCGUUGCCUAACAAGGGCGUAGCAGUGAGCCAGGUUGGCACAGCCACCGCAAUCGGUGAGAAGAUGAAGAGCUCCGGUGCGGCUGCGGCUGUAUUUGCUCGGUGUUUGGAGCCUGGAAAGGCGGAUCCUCUGCCAGGCUCGCACUUGGAGGAGCUUCUGGCAUUCUUGCAGGGUGCUAUUCUGGCUGAGCUGCCAAAGCUACUGGUGGUGGUGACCCGGGGUGCCUAUGAUGCCAAGCGCAAGAGCUUCGAUGCCGGUGCCGCCAUCUGGGGCUUGAUCCGGUCGGCGAGAAUGGAGAUGCCUCGGGUCACGAUCAAAACAGUCGAUGUCGCGGUUGAGGCCGGCACUGAGGAAAUUGCCAAGGCAGUUGCAGCCGAGCUGCAGGGGCCAGAGGGGGAUCUUGAGGUGGCUUACACUGCGGAGGGCCGCUGCGUCCCACGGCUGUUGGAAGCUCCUCAGAAUGAGGCUGCAGCCAUGCAGAAGCAUGAUGCCAUGAGGGACGCAGACUCUGCAGCUGUGAAGAAGGGCUUCUCGCUCGUGACCGGUGGUCUUGGCUUAGUGGCGGCUGAGGAGCUUGCAGCACUUGGUGCGCCAGGCCUUGUGCUCACUUCGCGCAGCGGCCGCGUUGCCGAGGGUCAGAAGCGCCUGGAAGAGCAGCUCCGAAAGUUGCAGGCGUUGCCAGGCCUGAAAGUCCACUUGAAGAUUUGCAACGCGGGCAACCCGGGAGAUGUUGCCAAGCUGGUGAAGGAGGCUAAGGAAGCUGGCGAACCUGUCGAAGGCAUUUUACAUGCCGCGGGAGUGAUGGAUCGCUGCCCCUUGCCGGAGCUGGACAAAGCACAUUUGGACAAGGUGCUGGCUCCAAAAGCCAAUGGUGCAUGGCAUUUGCACAGCGAGUGCCCAGACAGCAGCCUCUUCGUUCUCUUCAGCUCGGUCUCGGCCAUUGUAGGCCUCGCUGGCUCAGCGUCCUACUCCUCUGCCAAUGCGUACCUCGAUGCCCUGGCCAGCUGGCGCCGCGAAGCUGGCCGCUCCGGCGUCAGCCUACAGUGGGGCCCCGUGUCGGAGGUGGGUAUCACUGCAGCUGCUGGCAGCGACAAUUUGGAGGCCAUGGCCCUCAAGACGCUGUCGCCUGCACAAGUGGGCAGUGCCCUUCGCCUUUGCCUGGCUGCCCCAACGCCGCGUGCGGAAGUAAUGUUGGCGAGAGUAGACUGGCCUGCCUUCAUGCGGGAGAUUGGCAUGGAGAUCCCGCAGCUGAUGGACCUGAAGUCUAAGGAGGCCACAGGUGGCGCAGCAAAGGCAAACCAAGUUCCUUAA